AUGUCGGGCCGCGGUUCGCCGCCGAACAAAUAUCGUCGGCUUGCUGCAAAGCCUCUGCCCAUCGUCAACGAUAUCACAUUCCUGACAGAGACCGGGACGGGGACCAUACCCACCCCCAGCUCUAGGCCACCAGAUGCGGCGAUUCGGCCCAUGAGAAAGACCAUCAACGUUGCCUGCGAGUCUUGCCGUAAGCGGAAAAUUAAGUGCGAUGGAACUCGGCCGCGCUGUUCAAGCUGCGAAAGCCGUGAGUUAAUGUGCCAGUACCCUUCGGCAUAUCGUGGAGAAAACUUCACGGCCGCAUUGAAGCGCAGAUGCAUGGAGGAAAAUGAAAAAACCACUUCUUUUCAAGAGAUCUUCUCCACCCUUCAAAGCUGCUCGGAUAAAGAUGCGAUGAACAUGUUCAACCUCGUACGCCAAGGUGUAGAUCCCAAAUACCUCUUGAAGCAGAUGAAAGAGUGCGACUUUGUAUUCCAGCUCGCCGUUGUUCCAGAGACCCGGAGACGCUAUCAGUUCCCCUAUCUCCCCACUAUGCCAAUCCGCCUUCAAACGCCGGAUAACCAGUACCUCAAGUCAGUGCUAUACGAGACUGUGUUCCUCCGGCCUGAUGAUGAAAGCAGCGAUGGAGGUUCUGCUUCAUCCUCGGCAGACACGCAACUGGGCCGACACCACAAUGUGUACAUGCGACCAUACCAUGCCGCUGAAGUGAUCGAUCCUCUGAUCGAUCUUGUUAAACCCUCCAAAUGGACCGCAGUAAUCGCUGACGACCGCCUAAUGCGAGCACUAUUGCGUGCUUAUUUUCUACACGAGUACCCGACCUUUCCUGUAUUUCACAAAGACAUCUUUUUACAGGCCAUGAUCAACAAUGACAAACGAUUUUGCUCAUCACUCCUCGUCAAUGCCUUGUUAGCAGAGGCUUGUCACUGCCACAUGGGCAUACCUAACCGUGAGCAAUUUUGGGUCCCUCAGAGCCUCAGAUAUCGCUUCUUGGCCGAAGCGAUACGCCUGUGGGAGUUGGAAAAUAUCAGAGUAGACCUGGUUACCGUACAGGCAGCCACUCUCUUGAAUCUCGUCUACAGCCACAAUGGCAUGGAUAAAAUCGGCGAAGUCUAUCUAAACCAUGCUCUCCAAAAGGCCCAGCAACUGGAUCUGUUUGGUGAUCAUGCAACAAUAGACAAUGAAAGGAUGUUUCAUGCCCGGGUUUUUUCUGCAUGGGCUCUUUUCGACUGGCAUAUACAGUCGUACUACUACUAUCGGGCUCCUCUGAUUCCAGAUCCGCCAGCCGUACCGCUGCCUGAUCCAGAGAGGCAUCCGUUUUGGUAUGGAGACUUCAUGCUCAAGUACCCACUAAGUUCGACGCUCGUCCCGGCACAAUGCGGGCAACACUUCAAAGCAGUAUCUGGUUUGCGUGCAAUCAUCCACGACAUGGCCACAAUUGGCUAUAGCCAGACUCCAUAUCCCGAAGAUUCUCUAGAGCCAGUCUUGGCUAUAUUUUCGAGGCUAGAGAAGUGGUUCUCGGAACUGCCUGACGCUCUCUCUCCUCAAAAUAUUGUCUUCCCAUGGCAGCUCAAAUUGCAUAUGGAGCUUUAUUUAGCCACAAUCCUGUUUUCUUCAAAGCAAAUUGGCAUCUCCGAGCCGUCAACAAUCAAGAAAGAAACAGCCUAUAGUACUGCUUCUCAUGCAGCCGCCCGUCUCGAGACCAUUACGCGGCUUUACUAUAUCCGCCACAGCUUCGAAUACAGCGACUCCUUCUUGACGAUUCACCUAUCAUUCGUAGCUGGCGCCGCCAUGGACGCGCUGAAAACAACCCCUGCCCAUGAAACGAGCACUGCCAGGUCUCUGAGAUCGACAAUUAUUUUGAGUCUCAAAGGGCUGUAUGACCAGGGCCAGCACAUCCACCUUACAUCAGUCAUUUACCGACUGUUGCGGGACCGACUUGAGCCCAAAGAUUUGGAGCUCCUGCAGAAUCAUGUAGAUUGGGACCCGCUUACCCCUGAAGAGCCUCUACUGGUACAAUACGCUCAAUCUCAUUAUCCUCUGACAAUGGGAAGCAAAGAGGCAGAUCCCGAUGGCGCGCGGCUUGAAAAUUUAGUAAAGCAGUAUGAUCAACUUGGAUUUGAGGAAGACAAGUCACCUCGGCCAUAA